AUGGCGGCCUUAUCAGCAGUUCCUUCCAUGGAAGACCUAAAGAUCAAGUUCCAAGAAAGCUCUCUUAUCUUCCCAUACAAAGAAACACCGAAAAAAUCGAUUUUCUUGUCCAACAUCGAUCAAAUCUUGAACUACGAUAUCCCGACAGCCCAUUUCUUCAAGGUAACAUCAUUCAAGUGUGGUGGUUUUGCAAUCGGCAUGUCUACGAAUCACAUCUUAUUCGACGGCCUAGGCGCCAAAGUAUUCCUCCUAAACCUAGCUUCCCAAUCUUUAGAAAACAAACCCUUAGCCAUCGUACCCUACAAUGACCGCCGGAUUCUUGCCGCUAGAUCUCCACCGCACGUUUCCUUCCCACACCCAGAGUUCCUCAAAUUCGACCUCCCCGUGGGCCCGGGGUCAACUCCCCCAAAGUUCGACUGCAUCAUAGAAGAAAUCGAUUUCAAAAUCUUCAAACUCACCACAACUCACAUAUCCCACUUAAAGGACAAUAUUACUAAGACCUCCAAAAUUGACAGAAUUAGCACCCUUGCUGUGGUGGCCGCCCUAAUAUGGCGGUGCAAAGCCUUUUUCGAUGAUAAAAAUAGGGUUUCGACUUUGCUCAGCGUUAUCGACAUUAGGCCAAGAGUGAACCCCCCAUUACCAUAUUCGUACUCGGCCAAUGCAGUGCUCCCCUUGGGCGUUUCGGAAACUUGUGAAGAGAUAAAAAACGGGCCGUUUUCGAAGCUUGUGGAAAUCAUCACCGAAGGAGCUAAGGAGAUGACGCACGAGUCCGUGAAAUCGGCUUUCGAUUGGUUGGAGUUGAAUAGAGGGAUUCCUCAUGGGGAUUACAUGGUGAGCUCAUGGCUUAGAUUAGGGUUUGAUGAGGUGGAGUAUGCAUGGGGGAAGCCGAUGUAUAGUUGUCCGGUGGUGAAUCAUCGGAAAGAUAUUUGUUGGGUUUUUCGAGAUGCCGUUGAUAAUGGUGUUUGUGCAAUGGUGGCUUUGCCUUCUCAAGAGAUGGACAUAUUUGAGGGUGUUUUCCACGACUUUUUUGCUUCAAUAUUGGUUCACUAA